GCUUUGACAGAGAAGAUGGGAGAUGGUACCAAAGUUGCUGUCGUCACAGGCGCAAACGGGGGUAUUGGCCUAACAUUAGCAGAGAGACUUUUGACCAUACACAAGGACCUUCAUCUGUGUCUAGCAUGUCGAAACAGACAGAGGGCCCAGACUGCUCGAGAUGUUCUGCUUUUGUCUCACCCGAAGGCCCAGAUCUCUAUAAUCACACUAGAUACCAGCAAUGUUCAGUCAGUCCUUUCAGCUGUCAAGGAUAUCAAGAAGCAAUUUCCAAGGAUAGAUUAUCUGUAUCUCAAUGCAGGAAAGAUGAGUGUGAAGAGUUUAGACUUUUCCAACCUGUUGAAAUCAAUUUUAAAAAUGAACACGCUGUUCCUGUUUAACACCGGCCAUGGUUUACUGGUUCAUACUGAUGAACACACUUCUGAGGGCUUGAUGAGCACAUUUGCUACUAAUGCUUUUGGACAUUUUGUGUUGGUAAAGGAGCUUGAGGAUAUCCUCGGAGGUAAUCAGCCUUCACAAGUUAUCUGGACAUCGUCUGUGGCUGGUGUUCGUUCAGCCUUUGAUCCCCGUGACCUACAGGCCAAAAAUGGAAAAGACCCUUAUGGGUCCACGAAAUGUGUGAUUGAUACCACAAGUAUGGCAUUGAAUGAAAAAGUGAACAGCAAGAACAUCUACUCGCACACAACAUGUCCGGGACUUGUCCUCACUAAUAUGACAGAUGGUAUUUUAGCCUCUUGGAUCUGGUGGCUCAUUCUGCCCUUUAUGUAUAUUUUUCGGUUGGUGUUGGACCAUCUAAGUAUAGACACUUAUAAAGGAAGUGAAUCUCUGGUGUGGCUGUCACAACAGAAUCCAGAAAGUCUUAAGACUGGUGUUCGGUACCAUAGCACAACUGAUAUAUGGGGAAAUACUACAGUCCAACCUGUACAGAUCAAUUUUUCUUUGGAAGAGUCACUCAAAGUUUAUGAGGAAAUGAACUCACUUUACAAAGGAUUCAAAGAGAAAUACAAGAGUUGAGAAUACAGGAGUAAAUAGAAAGCCUCUGGUUACCAUGAUAUACUUCACCAACGACUUAAAAUGAUCAUAUCGUGGAAUGAAUCUUCAAUAGAAGGGAUCUACCUCAUUUGUGUUUUCCAAUUAACAAAUUCUUUGUUUGCCUUUUAAAUGUACAGUAUUUUUGAUGGGAUAUUAUCAAAAUAUUAUUUAUCAUGUUUUAAGUUUAAGUUCCUUGAAACUACACAAGUACUUUGUUGGGGAUUUUCUAAAUAUUCUCAGAAUAUAAUUACAAAUGUAUAGGGACCUAUACAUGUUAUUUUAAUAUUUCCUUUUUGAGGAAGUGCACAAAUAAUUGUACUGUUCAUUGUAAAGUACUAUUAGUGUGGUGACAUUUACUAUGCGGAAUAUUUGUAUAGAAAUCAUCAAUAAUUAAUUGAAUGUGAAAAAAAAGAAUGAGGGAAGAAAAAUGAUAUCUCAAUAUCUAUCAAUUUCAGAUUUACAUUUUAUUUCAAUAUUUAUCCACUGGUGCUACAAGGGAGUUCAAGAGUUCUAUUUGUCUGCUAGUCUGUUAGUAUGUGCCUCACUUUGUCAUGUGUUUAUGGGAUAUGCAUCUGUAAUGUAAUGGAGGAUUAUUUAAUUUUUUGGAAGUAUUAGAAUGCUGGAAUAUAACAAAUGAAAAUCAUAUUGGGACCUGUUCUACAACUGAUUAUAGGAUGAUAAAUCUUAAAUAUAAUGUUUUAAAUUAUAUCAGUGUGAAUUUAACACUGGGAGAAAAUAACACGGUUUUAUAUAGCACUAAAAAGAAAAUUCUGGGAUUAUGUCUUCCUGUAUGCAAUAAAAUACACCUCAUCUCAGAGUUAAAUCAAGGGACAUAACUCUUGUAUCACUGGCAUACCACCAAGCUAAAAACCAUGAAUAGUUUGGAAUUGGAGGUAAAUCUUCUCCACAUCAAUAUAAAUUUAUAUAUUAACAAAAAAUACUUUGAAAACUUGAAGCAACGGUACUUGAGACUUGAUUCAUUGGCCCUGCAGGGUUUUUUAAUUCACAAUAACUCUUAAUUUUCAACUAGACCAUGAUCAAUGUAAUACUUUUUACAGCCAGUUUUUAAUGGAUGAAUCAUUCUCAAGUUUUAUAUGUAAGUUCCCUUUGGUCUAUGGUUGUAUCUGUUUGAUUUUGGGAUCUUCUGGAGAGAAAAGUUCAGGUCCAACUUAUAAAGUUCAAACACUGGUGGGUGCCAAGAUACCUCUGGGACCUCUUGUUAUGACUUACAUGUAUACUUUGAAAGUAUUCAAACUUUAGUCUGUAUUUUAAACUAUCCAGAUAAAUUUGGCUUGGAAGUCACACACAAUUGACCAGAAUUAAUGGGAGUUAUUUUGCAUUUAAAAGCAGAAUAUCAGGAAAUUAAUUUGAAUCAACAUUCAUUGCACAAUAUUGUUCCUGAUGUUUGUUUUAAUUUGCAUAUUUCUAUGUUUGUUUUUCCUACUGUUAGUA